CGGGACCUAGGCGAUCUGUUUAGCUCGUCCCUGUACUGUACCGCUUAACAUUUCUUGUGGAAAUCUUGAGACAGGACAACAACCAGACUAUAUAGAGAGAGUCUACAGUUGACAAAUUUGACGGGUUGGGCCCCCCUACCCACAACACCCCACCAUGCCUCUGGUUACGAGGAACAUAGAGCCGCGACACGUGUGUCGUCAGACCAUCCCUUCCAACAUCCGCAGUGAGCUGGAAUGUGUCACCAAUAUCAGCCUGGCCAACAUCAUCCGCCAGCUUGGCAGCCUCAGUAAAUAUGCGGAGGAUGUAUUUGGAGAGCUCUUUGUCCAGGCUGGAGCUUUUGCAACCAGAGUAAACACACUGGGGGAAAGAGUGGAUCGUCUGCAGGUUAAAGUCACGCAGCUGGACCCUAAAGAAGAGGAGGUCUCUUUGCAGGCCAUCACUACCCGUAAGGCCUUCCGCAGCAGUCUGACCCAGGACCAGCAACUGUUCACCAGGCCAUCACUGCCGAUGCCUGUACAGGAUACCUACUUGACCUGUAACCCGCCCCCACCACUCAACUACCUCAGCCAGUACCGGGAUGAUGGCAAGGAGGCCCUGAAGUUUUACACUGAUCCCUCAUACUUCUUUGACCUGUGGAAGGAGAAGAUGCUGCAGGACACCAAGGACAUCAUGAAGGAGAGACGCAAGCACAGAAAGGAGAAGAAAGACCAUCUUAACCUACGGACACUCAAUCCACGAAAGAUCAAGACCAGGAAGGACGAAUGGGAACGCCGUAAGAUGGGGGAGGAGUUUGUGGUGCCAAAGAAUGAUCUGAUGAAUUCUUCUGAGGGUCUGAAUGGCAGCAUUGGAUCUGGAGAUGGCUUCAAUUCUGAAGGCCUCGAUCAGAGUACCAGCUCCUAUGCUUAUGAUCCUGGCUCCCCUCUCUCUCCGCCUGGAACCGAUGACUUCCUGCCUCCUCCACCUCCAGACAUGGCGUAUAAUGACGGAGGAUACGGAGCACCAUCCCAGAAGCGUGUCAGCGUGCUGAGUCCCAAUCACCCACCUCCUGCUCCCCCCAUGGCCUCCUCCCCUCCCAACUCUCGCCCCAACCUCGCCCCUCCCCCUGCUCCUCCUCCCCCCCCUCCUCUCACUGGCUUAGGGGUCCCCCCACCCCCCUCUGGCUUCGACACCCCACCUUCCCCUCCACCGCUCUCCUCCUCUCCCUCUGCCUAUCCCUCCCCACCUGCACCUCCUCCUCCACCUCUUAUGUCCAAUGUCUGUCCUCCUCCUCCACCACCUAUGCCUGCAGGUGGUGGUGGUCCACCACCUCCUCCUCCUCCUCCACCUCCCCCUGGCCCUCCUCCUCCAUCCACUGCCCACUCUGCUCCCCCUCCUCCCUCUGGUGGUGGGGCGGCACCCAAACCUCAGCCAGAGCCUGAGCCCGAGGAUGAUGCUCGCAGUGACCUGCUGCAGGCCAUCCGCAAAGGUUUCAACCUGCGUAAGGUGGAGGCGCAGCGGGAACAGGAGAAGAGGGAUCACUUUGGCAACGAUGUGGCUGCCAUCCUGUCCCGUCGUAUCGCUGUGGAGUGCAGUGACAGCGAGGACGACUCCUCAGAGUUUGACGACGACGAGUGGUCUGAAUGACCGCCUUCCCUUUUCACCUUCACUACCGCCUCCGUUUCUUUCCUUAAACAACAGCCUUUUAUUUCCAUUCAAAUCACAUUCUUAAGCACCAGUGAAGCAGAGACCCACGUUCUGUGUCAGAUUUUGAGUGUAUGCGCACAUUUUACUGUAAGUGACCUAUAACGAAGCACAUUCCUUCAACCAUUUAUUCUAUUUAUCCAAAAAGAUUCCAAUCAGAGGUGCAAAAGUCCAAAGAUUGAGAAAGAGUCUGAGUGUGCCUGCUGGUGUCCCCAUUUGCCACUGCUUCGGAUGACACCGCGCUGUCUGUGAUGAGAGAGUGUUGUGUGACGUAAUGCACGUCUCUCUGCUGAGUCUGUGCGUCAGCACAUCACCUCUGUCCUUAUCUUUGUGUCUAUUAGAAGCAGGUGCCCUCUGCUGUGGGCCAAAUGUCUGAUUUUAUCUGCUUUAGUAUAUUAUGACAAAGAGGGAGUGCACACACAAUCUCCUAACAGUAUUCGUAUGUACUCAGCGGAAAGACACAAUGUGUUGAUGUCAAAACAUUCUCGCUCAAUCAUAGAUUAUAUAAUAUAAAUGUAAAGUUUAUAUAACAUAUUGAAUCGUAUCUACUAAAGUUUAAUGCAAUCCUUUUACAUCUCUUUAAAGCACAGGUUUUUUUUAAAUCACUUUUCCUUUUUAUAUUCUGUCUUUCUUUUGUGGUUGUCAUGGGAACAGUUGAUUUGUGGAUGAGACACGGUUGUAGUUUAUAAAAAUGAAUUAAUUAUUGAGUAUGACAGGGGAAGUGCUGGCUCAUGGCAGACACCUGGGGUGUUUGAUGUGUGAUCACCAUACUGAACAUAUGCUGACAUUUAACACAUAUGAUUCAUUCUGUAUUGUGUUUCAGAUCUGCUGCGUGUUUCUUUCUACAGUUUUUUGUUUGAACUGUUCUGAGGAUCAGUUAGACUCUGAUGCUUUACUCACUGCACUCUAUGCAGAAUAAGUGCCUUUUUUUAUACCGCAUCUCAGUGUCAGUGCAGGUUUAUUUUGGGUAUCCACACUGAUCGCUGAUCAGCUUCUUCCAAAAAUAUAAUCAUGCUGUUGAUGAGUCAGAUGUAGAACCGACUGAUGUUUAGUGUGGACCAUAAUUCUCAAGUGCCUUUUAUUUUGUGUUAAAGCACAAUCACACCGCAUGCUUUGCCAAAGCUUCUCCUGCCUUAAAUUUUCAAAUGAUUAUAGUUAUUUCAAUAAAGGUCAAGUGAAUUACA